AUGACUACCUCAAUCAUAAACGCUGAUAAGUCUUCAAGUUUGGACAAUUUCAAGUCAUGGGUAGCAAAACAUACGCCUAUUGCUGCCAGCGAUCACAUAUCUCUCACUGCAGCAGCCAAGGCAGUGCGAUUUCAAGUGCUAUCCUCAGAGAAAGAGAUAUUCGUUUAUGAUCGACGCAUCAUCCAGCAAUCUUCUAUUUCAUCUGCGAAAUCAUUGAUCUUCGAAAUUCCUUUACCGCCCAAGUACACCGUCUCUCAGCCUCCUGAUUCAAUUACAAAUGAGAAGAACCUACAAGCAUGGAAGGACUUAUUCGCCGAAAGACGGUCAUGGGCUAUGAAAGUAGUAGACGAUUGUGCUGCCAUGUCGGAUCAGGCGCAGCAACGAUAUAUCGAAACAGAGGUAAUUACUCGGUGUGUGGAUACCGCCGUUUCGAACCUGGAGAAGCAUGUCCGGACGCUGGAUCAAAAGAAUGCCGAGAUCCAGCACUACGUCGAGGAAAUGCAGAAGCUCAACACCACCGGUGCAGAUUGGGAGGCGUCAAUAUCUCGACUAAAGUCACUACCUGCGACUCCAGAUGUGAUCAAGUUUAUCACAGGCCGCGAUUUGCCAAGGACGCAGCGCCGGGCCACCUUAGAGGAUUUGGUCGACAUAGAAGAGAUCAAGAGGUCUGGAAAGCUGCUACGGGACGUAGCGACGAAUCUUGAGCGAAACAGUGUAGAAGCCGGCCAAGCCGUGGACGAGGUCAUGCGAAGAAUCGAUCAUCUAAUUGAGAAGGUCGAGAAGAGUCCUGCACGAGCGGCUAUUCCGCAUGCCCAGGAACCCAUAUCUUUGAUGGAGGAUAUAGAAGCUAUCUCUAGAAAAGUCAAUACCGACUGUGAAACCAUUUUGGACUGCACCAACACGCCAAAAAAUAUUUCACAAGCUUCAAAAUCAGCUCUUCUUCACACAGAGAAGUUUUUACCGACUCUAUGUAAAAGAGCUCUCGAAAUGGAGGAAAUGAUGCAGAACGUUACGAAAUUGCGAAACUUUACCGCAGUAUCAUCUUUAGAGUUCAUGUACGACAUUGCCAGCUUGACAACAAUGCUUGCCGAAGUGAACGGUCGAUUUGCCGCCUUGGAAUUAGAUGGCGAUGGGUUUGACGCCUUGCAGUUGAUUUCCAUGCUAGACACUUUGCCAGUUACGUACGCCUCAUUCUUGGCUGAGGCAGUCAGGCGAAGUGAAUGGGAUGAAAAAGUCAGGUCAGAUUCCUCGGCCUUGGCUAACGAAAUGGUAAAUUUUCAAGAGGAAGAAACUAGGCGACGGCGGAAGUGGCAAAAGAACAACGGGGCUACUCUGUGGGGUGAAAAGUCCGAAAGGCAAGUCAUGGCUUUGGAAGUCAACUUGCAUGGGGAGGAAGAUGAUUGGCCUCAAGCAUCUCGGCGGGAUAUAGAAGAGAUCUUCGAAAUACUCCGAGCUGAUGGUUCUCAAUCUCCGAUUGUGAGCGACAUCUCGAAGAUCAUUUCAGACCUCAAUAAUCCAACAAGACAGCAGAGUAAGAGGGCAAACGCUUUUAAGGCAGGAAGUAUCCAUGAAGCUGCUCUUGGCAAAAGUGCCCUUCUGAUGCGUGGAGAUGAUGACCUGUUAAAGAACUUGCAAGAUGAGAAAUCUAAGAUCGAGAACAAGCUUAAGACUGCAGAAAGUCGAGUUCGAAGGCUUGAAGAUUUAUUGCAUCGGCAAACCCAGAUUAGCAGAAAUUCUGCUGGGAACGGUUUUCAAAUUCCCAAUAAUCCAGGUCCGGAUGUUCAGAUUGCGACAAACAAUCUAGCGUCACCACGUCUCAAUGACGAUUCUCGUCUGUCCUCGAUCUCGUCUCGACGGUUUUCUGCAAUUCGAGGAGAAGAGGAAAAAGUGUUCCAGCAGAAACUGCUUUCAUUGGAGACAGAAUUGAUUGCCGAACGUGAACGCACUUCGGGUCUGGAGAAAGAGAUUGCUGCGAAGAAUAUCUCAACGAAUGAGUUGAAAUCUCAACUUGAAGAGGUGAAUUCCAUGAAGCAGGAUCUUUCGGAAAACUUCAAGGCACAACAGCGGGACUUCUUGGAGGAACGCAAAUCUUUGGAGGUUGAAAUUAAACGUCUCAAAGCAAGACUGGAAGAGCUUGAGGAUGAGAUGGAUAGAUAUCUCGGUUCCAGAGAGAACGACAAAUCUGAUGUCGAUGAUCGUGUUCGUAUCUUGCAAGAAGAACUGGACAAGUUACGAAAAGAUACUGCUGCGGAGGCCCAGAAAGCUCAAGGUCAGGUCGACUUCCUAAGAAAUGAUGCGAAGUUGCAGAGGGAGACCAAUGAGACUUUGGAAAGGCAAAUGCAAAACCUCAGAGAAGAGAAGAAGGAAUUAAUGUCCCGCACUAUCAAGGCAGAAUCAGCCUCUGAGGAUCAACUCAAGGCUCUGCAAGAUAUCCAUUUGCAACUAUCACCUAAGUUGAGGAUGCCACAAGAGUUCACCGCACUGUCGGGAUCAUUGACUAACAAAUCACUGACCUUGGUAUCUGAGCUCGAAAAUACGAAGCGGGAUUACAAUGUUGCAAAAUCGCAACGAGAUGACGCAGAGGCCACAAUCUCGGAACUUAGAGCUGAGCUUACGGAAUACAAAGAGAAAUUUGCUAUCGAAGAGAAAGAAUCUCAAAACCAGCGCGAAGGACUAGCUUCCGAAAAGGCUAAAUUUUCAGCUCUGGAGGUCGAACUUACUGAUGAACGCCUUCAAUUGAGCUCUCUAAGAAUGAAGAUGGCAGAUGGCGAAACGGGCUCCGAAGCUCUACGUAGUCGUUUGGAAGAAGAGGAACAAAAAGUCACAUCAUUAUCAGAAGAUGUCGCUGGGCAGCUAUCUCGAAUUGGAAGUCUUGAGGAAGAACUGAGAUCACAUCAAGAGAAGCACCAAUUUGCACAAGAAAGAUCCGAAAGGUUGAACAAUCGUUUUGAUUCAUGCACUUCACGCGCAAAAGACCUUACACAGCGAGUAUAUUCACAAAAUGAUAAACUUGUUCGACUACUUGAGCGAUUGAGUUAUUCGGUCACCAAGGAGAAUGGCUCCAUGAUCAUUCAGAAGUUGCCAAAGCCUGAUCGCAGCGUCAAUGGAAAUGAUUCCUCGGAUCCGGGCAACAAAAUCAGACGAAGCAUGUCAGGCUCUACAACAAUGAAAGCCAUGAUCGACAGUGGAGAUCUCGACUUACUAUACUGGAUGCAUAACGAUGAUCCUGAAGCGGAAGCCGAGAAGUAUGACGCAUAUAUCAAUUCUAUCGGCAGCUUUGACGUCGAUAACUUUUGUGAAGUCAUCGCCAAGCGAGUUAGGGAUAUGGAGUAUACAGCCAAGAAAUACUCCAAAGAUGCUCGUUCCUACCGGGAGAAGUCUCAUAGGGCUCAGAAAGAAGCUCAUGAGAAGAUCGCUUUCAAGAAUUUUAAAGAAGGCGAUCUAGCUCUAUUUUUACCAACGCGGAAUCAAUCUACUGGAGCAUGGGCCGCGUUUAACGUUGGCGCCCCUCACUACUUCCUCCGAGAACAAGACUCCCAUAAAUUACGCUCCCGCGACUGGUUGUUAGCUCGGAUUCACAAAAUUGAGGAUAGAGUAGUUGAUCUAUCCAAGUCUAUGGCCGAUGGACGCUCCUUUGCAAGUACCGGCGGCGACUCCUUCGAAGACGAUAAUCCCUUCGACCUUUCUGACGGCCUUCGCUGGUACCUCAUCGACGCCGCAGAAGAAAAACCCGGUGCGCCAUCCACUCCCGGCCUCGCCAAAAGUACUGUCGCCAGCGCCAAUAUAGACGCCACAGCAACAAUACGUCGCUCCAACAAAUCUUCCAGUGGCGGCGCCGAAGGUCUAAAUAAAACCCUCGCAAAGAGUCUCGAUAGUCGCCGUAGCAGUAGUAAUUCUAAAAAAGCUCUCCCGGUUUCUGCAUCACCACUUCGGAAGACAGACUCCACGGCUUCUGUUAGUGGUCUGAGAACUAUGUUUAAUGAUGAAGUGACGGGAACGGUCUCAGAUUCUCAGGUUGUGAGGAAUGGUGCUGGUGCUGUUGCGGUGGCAAAUACUGAGGUUCGAAAUCCUUUGGAUAAUCUCUUGGGCCCUUGA